GGGAACAUGAACACGUUGUUGUUGUUUCCCUCAGGACACAAUUGUCCGUAACACCGCGCGUGCUGUCGUCAUCAAUCAAGAACAGGAACUCGCCUGUCACUUUAUCCAACUUUAUAUUUGUGUUGGGGUGUCCUCCUCACGCGCUUCAAAACCAGGAAUUUAUCUACCAUGACAUCGUUAAGACUUUCUCUUCUGUUUCUGGCACUGUGGACUGUUUCUUUAGCCGACAAUGACGAACAACAGAAGAAUGACGAACAUCAGCCCCACACCAACAACACCACCAACAGCACAGCCGAGUCUCAUGUCACCACCCCUGGCAAUAAAGGAAAAUCACCCGACUCGGGGUCUCCUCUGGACAAUGAAAUGAUUCAGAGAGCUCUGUAUGUUCUCAUUGGCAUCACGGCCAUCGGAUUCCUGUACUUCUUAAUGAGAGCUGUCCGUCUGAAGAAAAAAACUGUUCAGAGAAAGAAAUAUGGUCUCCUGUCAAACUAUGAUGACACAAUGGAGAUGGGCCAUCUGGAAAGCGAUGAAGAUGACAACACUGUUUAUGAAGCAAAAUCCAUGAGAAGAUGAGUAUUUGGGAGUAUUUGAUGCUUUAAGACAGAAGAAUGUGGUGAAGACAAUCCCAUUAUUUCCACUCAAUUGGUUUUUGGAUGUUGUCAUAUCCAACAGCCGAAAGAGGAUCAAGUCUGAAUACCCGGAUGCUUUUUUUAGCAAUUAAGUGGGAUCUUUAUAUACUGUACUGAUGUGACCAAAUAGAUCUUCUUGGAAAUUACUAAGAAAGUCGUGCUUUUUGUUUCGGUGUGGGUUAUUAGAGGAUCAACUUAUUUGGAAGAUGUUUUGUGCCAAAGCUACUUAUGCAUAAUGUUUUUAGGGGUCUUGGGUGUUAAAAAUUAACUUUGUAAACAACCGCCCCUUUUUUCCAAAUACAAACCCUGAACGGCCUGACAGAUGUCUAAUUAAUAAGACUGUAAUGUUGUUUGGACUUUGUGCAUUCCUAUUGUUUUAGAUGUACAAAAAGUUAUUUUAAAAAUGUUUUUCUUUAAAGUUUCAGAUAUCUUUGUAAUUUUCGUUAACUCUUUCUUUUCAUGCUACAAUAUGCACUAUACUUGAUAUUGAUUUCAGACGUGACUUUUGAAAAAUGCGCAAAGUUGACAGAUUUCUUGUGUAUGACUUAUUUGCCAAAUACCAGCAUAAGGGAUGCACUUUGAUUUUUUUAGGGUUUAGUUGUUUCUCUUAAACGAACAUAUCAUCAGCUAGUCAUAAUAAUUUGUGACAAUCAUGGCAACACUCCUGACCAAAAUUUCAUCAUAUCCAUUUCAAAUGUUUUGUUUUUAGAAACUAAACAUUCCCAUAUUCUAGAUUUAGGUUCCAAUGUAUUCAUUUUUCAGCUUGUUCAUGCACAAAAGCUACAGUUAUUAUUAAUAGGAUUAUGGCAAGUGAGGUAUCACUAUAAAACUGCUGUUUUUUCAACCAGCUAGUUUUUUAGGAAAUGCGUUGUAAGUUAUUGUGCGAAGGUGGCAGGCUUUUCAAUUCAGCAAGUAUACAUGGGUCAGUCGGAGCACUGUCACUUUCAUAUCUUGAAAUUCAUUAGGCUUGUUAUUGUACAGAGGGAUGCAUUGAUGAUAAGGCUUUCCUAUACCUAAUAAAUACUGGAGGGUUUACUGGAUUUUCUGAUGCAUGAAGUAUUGCUGUAUCAAUACGUCUUGUGGUUUCUAAAGUGUGCCUUCUAUUGACAUUUGUAUCUGUUUUUGUAAUCAAAUUUGAUUGCGAUCUUUUGUAAUUUAUUAAAUUCAACUAUGCUCUCUA